ACUGGGGGCAUGGGAGGAUGUCUCCUAUACAAGCUGACCCUGCAACUACCCACCAAGAAAGUCUAUGUGCUAUGCCGUGGCUCCAGACAAAAAGCAAUUACGAAAUGGAGGAAGAGCCUGGGAAGCUGUGUUGAUGCUAUUCUGACCACGAAGAAAGUCGUCUUUGUCAUUGGCGAUAUUGUGCUGCCCAACUUUGGCAUCAACCAGCACGAUAUGGAGAAUGUUCGCCGCGAUACUACAGUCAUCAUUCAUUCAGCUGCGAGUAUCGCAUUGAACAGUGAACUGAGCGAUGCCAUCGAGCAAAACUGUCUGCCCUGCUUGGAACUCGCGAGAAUGGCCUCAUCCUUUCUCAAGCUGAGACUUCUGGUGCAGACAUCAACCGCAUACGUCAACACCUUUCUGCCAAACGGCAAGAUCAACGAGAGAAUAUACAACGACGUGGCAGACCAGAACCCCGAGAUGGAACUGCAGCACAUCCUGAAGACCGGCGACCAUCCCAACACUGCCAAAUACACAUGGCCGUAUGCCCACUCGAAACACCUCAUGGAGCGUCUCCUGCAAACCCGACACAGCAACCUUCCUAUCCUCAUUGUGCGGCCAACCAUCAUCGGACCUGCAAUCCGCCAUCCAUUCCCUCACUAUGGCCCUCCAGGCUCGAACCCAGCAUCCACCUUUGCCCGAGUCUUCCUAUCCAGUGGAUCAGAACCGAUGGUCUUCCAUGUGCCUCAGGGCCAAACAAGCGGGACAAACAUACUCGACGAAGUGCCCGUUGACUGGGUUGCCAAUGUCGCUCUGUUGCACAUCGCAGCAGGAUCUGUGGGAAUCGUCCAUGCAGGAGCGAAUUUAUAUAUCCCUCGCACACUGGAUAGUCUCCUAGAUGCCAUGCGAGACAGUGUGUGCGGCGAUGUUAAAUGGCAGCUUCCGAAGAUCAUUUUCUCAGACGACCACUCCACCGAGCAAUGCUUUCUGGCUCAGCUGUUUCGUAUUUGCGCGAACAACUGGGAUUUCGACUGUCAGCGCUCUGAGCAAUUCAAGGAGCUGACAGGUCCUCUUAGUCUGAAGAUAGACGGUCAUGAAAUGGUCAGAUUUACUGAAAAGCGGGCACGAGAGAUUGCAAGGGAGGUUGUUGCUGCGUCACGAUCAGCUAGGCUAUAGUAUCGCCUCGACCUAUACUUUAUGGUAUAUAUUUCCUUGAUGUUAGCGUUUUUGAUAGCAAUAAGACAAGCUUGAUUGUGAUGUCAAGAACAAUCUGGAUAGUGAAACUGAUCUAUACUAUUAGUAGUAGGUGUCUCAAGCUGCUUAUACCAGCUAAGACAAAAUUUGCCCUGGAGCAUUCCCAUGCAAGACCAUCCAGACUGAUAUAAAAUCAAACCGUCUCAUUGUUUGCUCAUUAUUGUUCAUGGUCAUGUUUUUUCUGGUGGACAAUAAUUCCACCUUGACAUCAUCCAUCGCGAUAAGCAUCAUCCGAAUCCUGCCGCAUUUCUCCUC